AGGAUGGCGUUUUAAUCCAACCCCGUUUUUCGGGGAGAUUUUCGUUCAUCUUCUCUCUCGCGUCUGUGACGUUCAGCUGCCCCGAUUCCGACUGCAACUUCCUAAAUCUCUUUACCUAAAUUUUUCCUCAUAACUAGCAAUUGCUCCUGAUCCUCGGACAUAGAAGAGAUGGGCAUCGUGGACGGAGGCACUCAAACUCAGUCAGCAAAUCCGAACAUGGGAAGAGAAAAGCCGAAGGUGGUCGUGAUUAUGGGGCCGACUGGUUCUGGGAAGUCACGUCUCGCCAUCGAUUUGGCUUCUCACUUCCCCGUCGAGAUCAUCAACGCCGAUUCUAUGCAGGUUUAUCGCGGCUUGGACGUUCUCACAAACAAAGUUCCUCCCCAAGACCAAAAUGGAGUACCGCAUCAUCUUUUAGGUACAGUGAGUCCAGACGUUGAAUUCACGGCUAAAGACUUUCGAGAUUCUGCCAUUCCUGUUAUUGAUGACAUAUUAUCACGUGGAUGCUUGCCAAUGAUAGUGGGUGGAACGAAUUAUUAUAUACAGGCUCUUUUUAGCCCACUUCUUCUGGAUGAUUCUGCUAAAAAUAUCGGCGGAAGUUGCUCCAGUUAUCUUGGAGAUGAGGAGAUGGAUAUUGAGUUGGAUGAGGGAAGAGAUAGUUUGAAGUAUGACCAUAGCUAUCUUAAAGAGAUUGAUCCAGUUUCGGCUGGUAGACUCCAUCCGAAUAACCACCGAAAAAUAAAUCAAUACCUGAGUUUGUAUUACCGCACUGGUGUUCUUCCCAGCACACUUUUUCAAGGGAAGGCUGCUGAGAGUUGGGGUCAAGCUGAUAGUUUCAGAUACGAUUGCUGCUUGAUAUGUGUCGAUGCUUCUAUUCCACAAAUUGAUGGACAUGUUGAUUCUAGAGUUGAUAGCAUGUUGGCUGCUGGAUUACUUGAUGAGGUCUAUGAAAUUUACAAUCCAAAUGCGAACUAUACUAGAGGAUUGUGGCAAGCUAUUGGUGUUCGGGAGUUUGAAGAGUUUUUGAGGUAUUAUGUACCUAACGGAAGAUGCGACGAAGAUAGCAAUGAGCUUAGUCCAAAAAAUUCAAUGGAGUGUACUGAGAUUUUGAAAGAGAAUAUGAGGUCCAUCCUAAAUUCAACAAGUGCUGGCGAAUCCAGUUUGCUACUGAAAGAAGCCAUAGAUAAUGUAAAGUUAAAUACUAGAAGACUGGUUCGUCGUCAGCGGAGGCAGAUAAAGAGACUGGAAACUUUGUUUGGAUGGAAGAUCCACUAUGUUGAUUCCACGGAAUAUAUAACAAGCAAAGUGGAGGAUUCAUGGACUGCACAAGUCGUUGAACCUGCAGUCCAGAUAAUUAGGUCGUUCCUUGAAGAUUGUUGUUCAGCGACUGAGACAAUGAACCCACAGAGUUCUGGGCAAACAAUCAAAAAGGACUUGUGGACACAAUAUGUUUGCCAGGCUUGUGGGAACAGAGUACUAAGAGGAGCACAUGAAUGGGAACAACACAAUCUAGGUCGAUCGCAUCGAAAGCGAAUGUAUCGGCUUAAGAAGCGUGAAGGGUCGUCUUUCCUGCAACAGAAACUACCUCAAGAGUAACUCUAAUGGCCUGCAAUUUUGGUAUUACAAAGUAGAAUAUGCUUAGUCUUUUGACAUUGUAUUAACCCUUUAGAUUCAACCACAUGUAAUCUAAGCUCAGUUAAAGUGCAUAAGCUUCAUCUAAAUAUGAGGCCUGUCUUCGCUCCCUUUUUCAGGCCCUUUCUAUUGUAUGACUGUGAGCCACUUGUUGAUCACUCUUUUGUUAACAGUGAGUGAUUUUACAUUUUCUUGUUGGCAUAGAAUCUCUACUUUUUUAUUUACUCAAUUGGUGUAGUUCAAAGAAUGGUUUCAGGCCUUUUAUUCCAAGCUUCUUUUUUUUUAUUC